AUGGACAAGGAAGAUGGUCGAACUGUAAUCCGGGUCUUCCCAGAACAGGGCCCACAGCUUUUCUACCCUCUUCUGGUUCAUGCAUUGGAGGAGUGUCUGGAAGGGGAGAAAGCUUCCAUGCUGACGUCAGUCUGCCUGUCCAUCAUUUCUCGUGUCAUCUUACAUUGCAAGUCCUGCUUUACCAAACUUCUUCAAGAAGAGGCACAGGGCAAGGGUUGUGAUGCAGAGGAAGUCUUUGGGAACCUGCUGGACAAGUGGAUCGAAAAGAUGCCUCUUGUUAACCCAGUUGAGAGGGAGAAGCUUCUGGCCCUUACGCUCACUUCCAUACUCACGUCUAAUUCUAAUGCCGUGUACGAACGGAUAUGUGGAAUUCUUCUGGCCAUUGUGGAAGUGUUGAAUGACGUCACAAAAUGUGACAAUUUGGGAGCACAAGUGGAUUCUCUAGUUAUGGUGGACAGUGAACCACUUCCACCAAAUGAAGAAGAAAGUGAACAUGACCGCCGAAAAAUAGAGCUGUCCAGGCAGGACCCAGUGCACACAGUGGCCCUGCGGGACUACCUGUGCUCUCAGAUGCGCAGCCUGCGCGAGUCGCUCGGCGAGCACAACUUUGAGGAGCUCAUGGGCCAAGUAGACGUGGAGACGAUGCAGCAGCUGAAGACUUACUUGGAAGGAGGCAACCAGUCCAAUGGGGGUGGCGCAGUGCACGCCGCUCUCUUCGCCUCUGCUAACCUGAACAGUACGACCACCCACCACGCCCCAAACACUCACCAGACCUGAUAGACUGCCACAAUUCUGCUGCCCUCACUUCCACUCUCGCUCUUCGACCUAUCUUUAUUUUUCUGAUGAUGAAAAACGAAAAAAAAAAGAUAUGAGAGUGGUUUGUAUGUAAAAAAAAGACAUAUGCUUAGUCGGAUGAAGCCAUGCUGUGAAGAAUAACAAAUUCUGGCCAGCUUUGACAUUGUGUACGUUGUUUGAUGCAGUGAUGUGCAAAAGGAUUUUGCAGCUUUUCUUUUGUCUUUUUUUUAACACUUCGUAGCUCAGGAAGAAGGAGGAUAGGGAUGUUCCUGCUGCAAUUGAUGUGGGCAAAAUGUUAACAACUUUACUGACAUUGGUUGCUUGUCUGUUUAGGCUUUGUCCAUACCGCGUUUUUAUCACUUUAUAUCUUGGUGUAUGACUAACGGAAAGCAUUUCUGAGCUUUAGGGUUCGUGGUUGAACGGCAUGCUUUGUAUUUACAGUGAACUUGCAAAUGUUUGAGGCUAUUGCACUGAAAAUGACCUGAAUGCUAGCAUGUAUUAUUGAAUGGAUGUGUGCAGAGGGACACAGUUAGGUGCUUUUUUUUUUCAAAUGAAAUGUUUUGAAGCCGCUUUAAUUUCCAUAAGGGCACUUGCUUGGGCCAGUUGGUAUCAAUUCAUUGUUACGUUAUUGCGCACCGCUUUGCACUUGUGUUCAUGUGGUUCAGUCUUCAUGCUCAAAGUGGUGUGCAAUAGCGUAACAAUGAUUUAAUUUCCAGCCAUGCCAAGGCAGCCUGCUGGCUUCUUAGGUGCUUCUGUAAGCUAAAUUGAAUGAACGAAAUUAUUUUCUUUUUUUUUUUUUUGUGCUGGUAAUGAAAUGAAAGCAUGCUAUUGCAUUUGAAUGUUUAUUGUUCACUGUGCAGUUUUUCAUUGGGGAACAAAAAGAAAGCGCACAAAUUCAUUGUGGUUAAAAAUAUCUUUUAAUUUAUCUGCUUGUCCAGUCAGUUUUGUUUUAGCUUUAAUACUGUAAACAGUAGUGGCUGUGCACUUUCUUGCCAUGCUAGGUUCAAAUUCGAUAAUGACAAAUUGCUUGUUCAAGCAAUCUGUCAUUGUCAAGUACCUUCUUUUCCCUGGGUGUGUCUGUUGUACUUUGAGAUUGCCUGGCUGAGGUAUGCAUGAACACGCAAGCUUUCUUUAGGUGUUUAAGAACAUAUGGCAUAAUGCCAAAUGUAAAAUGUGCUCUUGUUUAAUAUUGUAGUGCUUUUUGAGGUAAUGACUCAUUUUUAUUUAUCGUCUUCAGUUUGACAUAGUAAAUUCAUGUAGCACUUAUGUGUCAUGAAUUGUAUGCUUUUUGCCUUAAGCACAACAGAAUUUUGCAUGAGGGUUCACCUGUUGGUGUAACAUGGAGGGCAUGAUGUUAAUUUAUCAAAAAGCCAGAAUAAAAAAAAAACACAGGUGUCAUACCAUGCAGUGUGAGAUGCUGUAUACUUAAAAUUCUUUCACUAGUGUCUUGCAGCAACACAGAACCACUGGCAUAUGAUCCCUGAUUCUUAAUUUGGCUGUCAUAUUUAGUUUUUCAUGCAAAGGUGAAUUGUUUUAUAUAAUGAAUAAUGAAAUUGCUUGUUUUGAGGAAUGACCUGUACUGGCGUGAUUUACAACACUGUCAUCUCUCAGUGAAACUGAGUGGAAGUGAAAGCUGCGCCAUUUUUUAUUUGCACUCUUGUUUAUAUUGCCAAUGACAGAGAUGCUUGUUUUUGUUACAUAAAAGCAGAGGUUGUUAAUAAAUGUUUCCCAUGCCAA